AUGGGACGCAAAAAGAUCAAGAUCCAGCCCAUCAAAGAGGACCGCAACCGCUCCGUCACCUACCUCAAGCGUAAGGCGGGCCUCUUCAAAAAGGCGCACGAGCUUGCCGUGCUCACCGACUCGCAGGUAGCCGUGAUUGUGUUUGGCCACAAUGGCAAGCUUGCCGAGUUUUGUUCGACCGACAUCGAUCUGCUCCUGUUGCGCUACACCGAGUACGAUGGCGCAGCCGAGAGGAAGGGCCCACAGCACUAUUUCAACCUAGACAAGGACUCGGACGACAACGAUGACAACGAUGACAACGACAACGACGGUCCAGACAGCGGCGAUGGACCAGACGACAGCUUUGCCAGCCACAGCGGCGCCAACGGUAGCACAGCAGGCAGAGGCAGCACCAGUGGCGCCAGCGGCGCCAACAACUCGAGAUCCACCCCUCGCACCAGUGGUGUCAAGAGGAAGGCGGAACCUGCGUCUCCACCCCGCACCACCCGCGCAAUUGGCGUCAAUCCUGCGCCCGCCAACAUGGACCAGGGCGGGCUCGGCGCCGUCAACCCGCUCAUGGGCGCCUCUGCCACCGCCAAGCAGACCGUCAACGCAGCCAUCCGUCAGAAGAGCCAGAGCCGAACUGGCGGCCAUCCUGCUGCGUCGGGCCAGCUGGCGGGCACGCACAACUUUGAUGCCUUUUCGUUUGGCCAGCCGUUUGCACCCACAGCGGGCAUUGCACAGGGCAUGCCUGGCGGCGGCUUUGGUGGCAUGCUGCAGCUUCCAAGUCAGCCCAGCUCGAGCGGCGCCUCUGCCACCAAUCUGACGCGAGCGCAGACCAUCGCCAACAUGUCGAUACCCAUGCCGAGCAGCGAGCGUCUGCCGUUCUUUGUGCAACCUGCGACGCCUGGGUUUGGCCUGACACCCGGCGGCACCGUGACCACGCCAGGCGGACGACGCUUUAGCUUCUCGGACGUCUUGACGCGCGGGUCUUCGGCAACUGCAUUGCAGCGCCCCGUGACGGCCAACUCGCUGCUGGCGUCCAAUUUCCAGACCAUGGAUGCGUUCAGUUUUGCCACCACGCCCGCAGCUGCUGCGGCGCAUUUCGCUUCCAUAUCGCCCAGCGUCACGCCGCAGCCGCCAGCUGCUUCGCUGUCCGCUGCCAACACUGAUGCGGCCAGUCGCCUCGAAGCGUCACCGACACCUUUCCCAGACCUUCGCUCCAACGCGCACCUCAUGACGCGGCCAGCUUCGACGGGCAUGCCGCCUACAGGUAACAACAGCUUCAACCACCUCGGCUUUGGACAGGCAGCAGGCUCUUCGCUGGCCAUUGGGCCCAACGCCGCCGAUUUGCACACGGACUCGCCCGCCAACAUCUCACGCCCCUUUACCGCCUGCGCCAACCUGGACGCACCGAGCGCGUCGAACCAUCUCGCACCACCCAAUGCCUUUUCGGGCUCGCUGGGCGCACCAGGAAUGCACGCUAGCUCGGCUUCGCCCAUGCCUCAUGCGGCAUCGAUGCCUGGUGCUUCGGCGAUCAUGUCGAGCUCCUACGGCGCCAGUCCGUACGCAACGGCCGCAGCCGAGCUCAAGCCAUCUGUGACGCCUUUGAGCUCAGCAACGCCGGAGCUGAUCCAGCCCAUCGUGCACGCAGCCCCGGCGGCGGUGCCGAGCGCUCGUGCGGCAUCCAUGUCGACCGAUGAAGAGACGCCGCCAGUCUCCAGGGUGGCUGCACCGCUGGAUGGAGCCAAGGCGGGAGCCGGUGGGCCCUGGCCGACGUCCAACGCGACAUUUGGACGGAAGCCGGACGCAGAUGGGUCGGGACAGGCGACGCUCGUGCAGCCGGUGCCGAUCAAUCCCAUCCAGCCGCUUGGCUCGGUGCCGUUUGACCUCAACUUUGCUGCCAACCCAACGACAGGACUGUAA